CGCUUCAGGAGAGCACUCUUUCUUCUCAUCUUCACACACUUGCUCUAAGAUUUGUGUGUGAAAUGUGGCUCACACGGAAACGGUGGACUAUCUGCACCAUAAGCAUCCUGCUGAUAGUCUACAAGACGACAGAUAUCGGCAGGAAUGAAGCGCAUCAGAGAACUGGAUUGACAAGGAAGUCUGAGCCAAGUUCCUUCAGACUGAUGGUCAACAGCUCUGAGAAACAUUUCAGCUUUGAUUUAAGUGAUCUGAGUGACAUGGGAGUGGGAUGGAAGAUCAAUGCCACCCUUGUGACCAUCAUAAGGAAGGACGUACUUCGCUUCUUGGACGCGGAGAGAGACGUGUCUGUUCUCAAGAGCAGUUUUAAACCAGGCGAUAAAGUCCACUACGUUCUGGACCGACGCAGGACAUUCGAUAUUUCUCAGACUCUACACAGUUUACUCCCUGAAGUCUCUCCAUUGAAGAACAAGAUGUUCAAGACCUGCGCUGUGGUGGGAAACUCAGGCGUUCUGCUAAAGAGCAGAUGUGGGAAGGAGAUAGACAGCCAUGGAUUUGUUAUACGAUGUAACCUCGCUCCUCUGGAGGAGUUUGCAGAUGAUGUGGGUUUAAGGUCAGACUUCACCACUAUGAACCCCUCCGUGAUCCCGCGGGUGUACGGGGGUCUGCGGGACGAAAGACAGCAGGACAGUUUCAUCCGGCGUCUACAGCAGCUGAACAACAGCGUGCUCUGGAUCCCGGCCUUCAUGGUGAAGGGUGGAGAAAGGCACGUGGAAAUCGUGAACGAGCUCAUUCUUAAACACAAACUCAAAGUGCGCACUGCAUAUCCUUCACUCCGCCUGAUCCAUGCUGUACGAGGGUACUGGCUUACAAAUAAGAUAAAUAUCAAACGGCCCUCUACUGGAUUAUUGAUGUACACAAUGGCUACACGCUUCUGUGAUGAAAUCCACCUGUAUGGAUUCUGGCCUUUCCCCAAAGACGGUAAAGGAAAUCCUGUUAAAUACCAUUACUUUGACGGACUGAAAUAUCGCUAUUUUUCCAGUGCGGGUCCCCACCGGAUGCCGCUGGAGUUCAAGACGCUGAAGACACUGCACAGUAUGGGUGCGCUCAAACUGACAACCUCUGAAUGCACGUAUGCUUGACAUGCAGCUGAUGGACGGACGCUCAAGAAAGCAAACUGAAAUGUGUUUUGAGCUUUGGAGAAUGCGUGUGCCUUCUACUGGAAACUCUUACCUGUUCAUCCUGAGACUUCUGGUUCAUUUACUAUAGAGAAAGUGCAAUGCUUUAGACACUGAACAAUCUUCCAAAUGACAGCUGGAACAGUCCUGCUUAGUGCUUUGAUACUGUAUAUUAGGAUCUUGGUAAGCGAUCUUGUCUGAAAAUGUCUUACUCAAAAGUUGCCAAAGAUGCCGUUCCAUCCUUGUUUGAGUUUGAGUUUUGUUCUUUGUCUGUCCUGUACUCUUUAGUAUAUAGAAACAUCAUUAUUGUUUGUUUCACACAGUUCAGAGAUCUCCUAACUUGAUCACACAUGUCCAAACGGCUACAUGAGCAGUUUCUUUUCAGUUCCCUUCUGAAAUAAGGGGGGAAAAAAAACUAAAUGUGUGAUGUUGAUGAAUUUGCUGUGAAUAUGGGUCAUUUGGUGAGUGUGUUUUCACCCACACUAUCAAUUUCUUACUGACAUGUAAUUUUUAUAAUACUUGAUGAUUGAUAAUGAUUUUCUGUUUAUUAUCAGGAACACAUUUCUGGUUUGUUAUCAAUGAACCUUAUGGUUGCACCUAAAAAAGAAAAGAAAUAAAAACACUGGUAUAUAUCGGUCUCAGAUUUACACUGUGUGAAUGAUUGAGUGUGUUAUGUGUAAGUUGUAUUUCUUUAUCAAAUGCACUGGUGCAUGUCAGAAUGUAUUGGCAUGCCUGAAACAAAUGACUUGAAUAUAAUAAUGCCUUACAUUAUUUAUGUGCCAUUACAUUGUGUAUGUUACUGGUUGAAGUGGCUUGAGUAUGGAUUAUUAGUAAAAACAUUGUUGAUGCAGAACUGUUUUUAUCUCAAAUGAUGAGCAAAAACUGUCCAUGUACUGUAUGUGUAAUGUAUGUGCUUUAGGGCUCUCUGAACGAAGGCAUCAAUGUCUUAGAGUAUUAAUUUACAGUUGUGUUUUUCUGCUUCAGUGUUCUAUUAUUUUAUUUAUGUUGUAAUGUAUUUUGUAUUUUUAAAUAAAUCUUGUUU